AUGGUUAAUUUUAAUUUUAUGCUCUUUUCUCAUAAAGGAGGCCCAAAUCCUUGGAAAAACGAACAACACCUUUUUUACAAUCCCAAUGGUAGAGUUCCUACAUUAAUAGAUCAUCAAAACAAUGAUUAUGCAAUCUGGGAGUCCGAUGCUAUUUUGGUCUACUUGGCAGACAGGUACGACAAAGAAAGAAAUAUUUCAUUGCCUCAUGAUAAUCCAGAGUACCAUCAUUUAAUUCAAUACCUUUUUUUCCAGUCUUCAGGUCAGGGUGUCAUUUGGGGACAAGCAGGCUGGUUUAAUUUUUUUCAUCAAGAACCUGUUGCAUCUGCCGUUACUAGAUAUAGGAAUGAAAUAAAGCGUGUGCUCUGUGUUUUAGAAAGUAUUCUCCAAGACAAGGACUACCUCGUUGCUGGCAAGUUUACGAUUGCCGAUUUGUCUUUUGUAGCCUGGAACGAUUUGCUAACAGCAAUUUUUGGCCCAGGAAGACACGAAUUUAAGGAAGAGCUUCCUCAGCUGGACUUCGAAAAGGAGUUCCCUAAGACACAUGCUUGGCACAAGCGUCUUAUUGAGCGUCCUGCCGUCGUUGAGACCAUAGCGGAACGAAAACAAGCUCUACAACAAUGA